UCUUUGAUUCGUUUCAAUUCAAUUCAAUUCAAUUCUUUUCAGUUCUCUUUCUCCAUAAAGCAAAGCACAGAGACACAACCGUUUUAGAAAAAUCUUUGCUUUUCUUCAUCUAAAUGAUGAAGAAUCGAAGCAGUGACAAAGUAUCAGUGAGAUGGAUUCUUAUUCUUUGCAUAUCCAGCUUCGCUCUUGGAAUGUUAUUCACAAACAGGAUGUGGACUCCUUCCGAAUCGAAUGUUCAGAUCAUAACUCGUCGACGGCAGGAACAGGAGUUGAAUGUUGUUUCUGAGGAUUGCACCACAAAGCAGAAACUUGGACAGGAAAAGGAUAUAAUGGGGGAGGUUUAUAGGACCCAUGAAGCAAUUCAAUCUUUAGAUAAGACAAUUUCAUCACUUCAAAUGGAGCUAGCUGCGGCAAGGGGUGCUCAGGAUGCGGGAAGUGGUGAUUCUCAUGCAAUUCACGAUGGCCCACCGAAUAAGGCAUUUGUGGUAAUUGGAAUUAACACUGCAUUUAGUAGCAGGAAGAGGCGUGAUUCAGUCAGAGAGACUUGGAUGCCUCAAGGGGAGAGGUUACUCCAACUGGAGCGAGAGAAGGGUAUUGUAAUACGCUUCAUGAUUGGGCACAGUGCAACGUCCAACAGCAUUUUAGAUCGAGCUAUUGAUAUGGAAGACGCACAGCAUAAUGACUUUCUGAGGCUGGAACAUGUUGAGGGGUAUCAUGAACUUUCUGCUAAAACAAAAAUGUUCUUUUCCACUGCUGUUUCAAUAUGGGAUGCUGAAUUCUAUGUCAAGGUGGAUGAUGAUGUCCACGUCAAUUUAGGUACGCUAGCUGCAACUCUUGCCCGUCACCGUUCUAAGCCCAGAGUCUACAUGGGCUGUAUGAAAUCAGGACCUGUUCUUUCUCAAAAGAGUGUCAAGUACCAUGAGCCAGAGUACUGGAAAUUUGGGGAGGAGGGAAACAAAUAUUUCCGGCAUGCAACUGGACAGAUAUAUGCGAUCUCAAAGGAUCUGGCCAGAUAUAUCUCAAUUAACCAGGUCAUACUGCACAAGUAUGCUAAUGAAGAUGUGUCUCUUGGUUCUUGGUUUAUCGGUCUUGAAGUCGAGCACAUCGAUGAACGCAAUAUGUGCUGUGGGACUCCACCAGAUUGUGAGUGGAAGGCACAGGCAGGCAAUGUAUGCAUUGCAUCAUUUGAUUGGAGCUGCAGUGGAAUUUGCAAAUCAGUGGAAAAGAUGAAGGAUGUUCAUGCAAGAUGUGGUGAAGGAGAUGGAGCUGUUUUUGGUGCUCUAUUGUAAGUUAUUGGGAUAAGAAGGUGAUAGGCAAUGUCUGUGGCUUCAUGUUUCCACUACUGCUCGAUGGCCAAGGUAAGAAAAAUUUCUCUGUAGAGGCAUCAGCUGGCAGUUUUGACAAAUCAGCUGAGAGGAACAGUGCGCAUAUAGAUGGUUCAUUUGCUCACUACUACAGAUGUACAUGUCGUGGAAAGCCUCUGGGUAAUUGUCAUUCAGGUUUUGAAAGGCAUGAGCUGCACCAAAUCUAUUUUCAUGUUGUUGUAGUAAGAAAUACAAUUGCUUCCCCAUUUUGGGGUUAGGAUCAUGUUAGUGAUUUAUAUAGAGAAAUCAAUUCUUUCAUGUGGGAGUUCUGAUUGUAUUGUACAUGUUGGAUGUACAAGUGAUUUUCUGUUACUGACUUGCAUAUAAAGGCUCUUAACCCCCCCUCCCCCCACCUCAUUUUUUUCAUAAGCUAUUCCUCAAAGUGUUCAUGAUGAAAUUUGCGCACAAUUUAUAAUCAGUAUUCAAAAGAAGUUGAUUCAUAUUUC